CCCCCCAGAUGGUGGAGGUGGUGUGGGUACUAAUCAGAGAUGCAGAUCAUCAUCUGCUGUGACCAUGAAGAAUGAGGAGCCCCUUACUGAGGGACAGCAGGGCUUCAGCACCUACCAUACACAACCAGAGAAGCCCAGGCCAGUGUCUCCAGUGCCCAGCUGUGUCUCCAUGAAGAGUGACAAGUCCAUGCUGCAGCCCAUACACUUCAACAGCGGAUUCCCACAGUCUGACACAAGACCAGAGAAACCCAGGCCAGUGUCUCCAGUGCCCAGCUGUGUGUCCAUGAAGAGUGACAAGUCCAUGCUGCAGCCCAUACACUUCAGCAGCGGAUUCCCACAGUCUGACACAAGACCAGAGAAACCCAGAUCGGUGUCUCCAGUGCCCAGCUGUGUGUCCAUGAAGAGUGACCGGUCUAUGCUGCAGCCCCUACACUUCAGCAGUGGAUUCCCACAGUCUGACCCAAGAUCCCAGAUGCCCAGGCCAGUGUCUCCAAUGCCUAGCUGUGUGUCGAUGAAGAGUGAUAAGUCCAUGCUGCAGCCCCUACACUUCAGCAGUGCAUCCUUACAGUCUGAACCAAGGCCAGGGAAUCCCAGGCCAGUGUCUCCAAUGCCCAGCUGUGUGUCGAUGAAGAGUGAUAAGUCCAUGCUGCAGCCCCUACACUUCAGCAGUGCAUCCUUACAGUCUGAACCAAGUGGGUUCAGAAAUGGUCUCAACCGCGAGCUGUCCAGGUGUGGUAUAUGUGAGCAGCCCCUGAGUUCCCCAGUCAUCACCACCUGUGGGCACAGUUUCUACAGGCAGUGCAUCAGCAACUACUGGAGCCAGUCUGGUCCAUCAGGAGACAACAGCUGUCCCCAGUGCAGAACAACAUGCAGAACACAACCUCUUAUCAAUACCGACACAACCAUGGCACAACCCUUCCUACAUUCACAUUGGCCUAUAGCACAAACUCUUCCAUACACAAGCAUUUUGCAACCCAAUGUAUACUCCUCUGCGUAUACUGCGCCCCCUAACCUAUACCUCUCUGGAGCCGCUGUACAACCUACUGCAAACCCAUCUGCAACCAUGGUACAACCUACUGUGAAUCGUAAUGAAAUCCUAACGCAACCUUCUGCACACCUUUCUGCAACCAUGGCACAACAUGCGCUAUACCAUUCUGCAACCAUGACACAACCCACUGUAAACCCAUCUGCAACCAUGCAAGCUCCUUCCCUUUACCACCACAAUGGAACGCAGGAACGUCAUCUCUUCAGACCUCCAUCAUUGCCACACCUGUCUCCAUACCAACAUACAUACCUGCAGCAGCAUCCUCUAUACUUAGAGAUAGGACAGGAUCGUCUAAAUCCGUAUUUGCCUGCGGCACAGUCCUCUCUGCAGCCUCCUGAAGUCAUUACACAAUAUCCUCCAUAUCCACACUCAGAGAUGGGACCCUCCUGA